AUGGCGUGCUGGACAGUGGUCGCCACCACUUGUUGGGGCACUGGCUGCGUGGGCGUGAGUGAUCGCGUGAGCUACCGGGGCCACAAACGCACGCUCGAGGCGUUGCGGGUGUCGGCGUGGCGGCGGGGUUUGCGGUUGGUGGCAGUUUCUGUGCUCGCGGUGGUGGCAGCAGCUCUCUGCGCUGCACUGCCUGUAUGGGCUGCCGACGGCAGCGGCAAGGACCCUGCAAAAAACCCGGUCUACCUACUGAACGCUACGUAUUCCCUCGACCCAUCCACGACGAAAGAUGCGAAGGCGCUGUGGCUGGGCAUCGACUCCGCGCUGCACGCUUCUGGUUACAGGACUGCUAGCGGUCGGCCGGUCGAGAUCGUGAACCCGGACCCAGCUGUCAACAAGUCCGACAUCAUUGCCGUCGUACAGAGGGCGCUCGAGAAGUACCCGACGCUUCUUGGCGUGAUUGGGCCCUUUAUGGACCCGUUGACGUCGACUGUCGUGAAAAGUGACGCGUUCAAUGGGACGGACUUGAUGUUCCUGGCUCCUUUCACCGGGUCGGAUGCGGUGCGCGUGUGGAACAACGACGUGUACUUCACGCGUGGCGAUCCGUGGACGGAGAUGACGAUCCUGCUGACGUACAUGCUGAAAACGAUUCGCCCUCGCCGCACUGCGUUUAUGUAUCUGACGGGUGCGCAGUUCGGCGACUCCGAGUACAAGAUGGUAGUAUCGCUUCUCUCCUCCUUUUCGCUCGACCUGCCGGCUGUGUACACCGCGCCGUACUCGAUGACGAACACUGCUGUGAAGAAGAAGACCUUCGACGCGAUGGCGGACACGCGCCCGCAGGUGAUCAUAGUCUGGGGAAUACCUGGUGAGCAGGUUGUGAAGUUCCUGCAGGCUGUGCUGACGGACCCGCGUACGUCGUCGGCGUACAUCAUGACCUGCUUCCCGCUGCAGCAGAUAGUAUACCGGGUGUACUACGAUCUCGCGAUGGCUGGGAAGCUGACGCCUGUGGACGGGCAGAUCAUGUCGAGCGCCACCUCACUUCCGAUUUCUCAUACAGAAGUCGAGCAUGUGAGGCUAUUCCGUACCGAGAUGGUGGAUUACAUGCAGAAGACCGGCCGCGUGGACGCGAGCCUGUGGGCCGACGAGGCGAAGGCUGUGCAGAAGUACGGCCCCGGAGAGCAUGAGGCGUCGUCGUCGGACUCUGCUGCAUACAUGCACAGCUUUUACCACGAGCACCCAAGCACUGGGCAGCUGAUGAUUGCUGGGUGGCUUUCGGGCAAGCUGAUUGAUCAGACGCUGCAGGAGCCGCUGUGGACCAUCGAUCGGAAGACGUACAAGGCUGGGCUCUUCGAUCAGACCCGCUACGUGAUUGGCAAAGAUAUUGUUCUUGGUGACUACGGCGGGCCGUGCACCUCCAUCGCCGAGUAUCUGGGCGCUGUGUGCUACUGUAACCAGGGCGGUCGUGCCUCGAUUCUCCAAGGCCUGUUCAAGGCCGCGUGGGUGCUCUUACCGGAUGCUAUCUUCAACUACGAGCAGUCUGCCUGCUACUUAAACAAGAUCGUACUCUCAAAGCCGCUGAAUGUGGUGACGCUGAACUUCUCCGACCUCCCAAAGCUGAGGAAGGCUGCUGAGGAUAUGGUCAAGGUGAUCCCACGUGCCAUCAGCGAAGAGCGCCUGGGUUUUUCAGCUUUCAACCCCGCGAUGCUGAAUGUAACGCAGCUGACAGCGCAGGGUGCGCUUGACUGGGAGUUCUUAAACUACUCCGUCGAUCUGGUCACCGGUCCGAUGCUUCGAAGCAUCGACUUGAGUGGACUGCUGGUGAUCUCUCCUGUCUUUAACCGACCAAACGUAUUGGUGGCGAAGGAGAACUACCUGUUCCUGAUGCCGACGCUGGAGCAGGAGAUGUACGUCAUGUAUUCGGAGCUGUCGUCUGUGAGGUCCCUAACGUCGAUUGGCGACGUUGUGAACCUUGUGCUUCACGAGUACAGAAACUCAAACGUGAAGAGCAUCACUGCAGUAGCGAUGAAGACGGCCGCCACGUUCAACGUUCCCGACCCAACCGUCGAGGCCGUCUCAUCGAGGACGUCGGUGGAGUCUUCGCUUGCGCCUGAUAGGAUCAACUUUGUUCUUGGGAUCACGGACCAAGACGUAGAUGGGAUCGCCAGCUUCCUUUCAAAGAACCCAUUGGCGAUCGUGGUUAUUUCGUUUGUGGACUUGGCGCAUGAAUACGACAGACUCACAGCUGCCUUCGCCAAGCUUCCCGACACUGUGCAGGCGCGUGUGAUCACGUUCACUAAUCUGCCGCUCUGGAGCGACACGUCGCCGAGUGCCCUCGAGAGCUAUCCGCUGCUGAAGCUGCUCAACGCCAUUUUUCCGAACUCCGCGGACCACACGCCGUCUCUGCUGCGCGACCUCUUAUCCAUCGUCUUUAUCCAGGCUGUGGCCUACGGGGAUGGCGGCUUUGCUAAGCCGACCUCACUCCAGGAGAGCAUAUAUAAAAAGG